AGCGGCUUUGACUUUGUGUUGCCAGCAACAACCACGGAAGAAAGAACGCAACCGCGCUCUUGAAUCACUGCCACACCACUCCCACGGCGUGAAUGGGACAAGAUGCCGACCUACCGUGCCACCGGUGUCACCGCUACCCUCAUCUCCUGCGAUCUUCAGUCUUCCCUCUCCAAUGCCUUUAGGUUCAACCAAGGCGUCGUGCAGCAGGAAAACGCCAAACGAGUGCAGAGUGUCUUUUCAAGCGCGCAACAGUUGCCUGAGCGGCCUAUCGGCGAGGAUGGGAAGGCGAACGGUGUGGUGCGAUUCGUUGGACCGAAUGAGGAUAUGCCUUUGUUCAUGGCUGAAGCUGGGGACCUCCUUUCGCGAAACGAGAACGAUGAUCUCGAUGCUGAGAUGCAGGACGCGCUCGAAGAGGAUGUGACACUCACGGAGUAUCCUCUUCCGCUGACCAGCAGCGACGGUUCGCCCCUUACAUCUCUCGCCACAAGUCCGACCUCAACAGAGCACAGCUUCGUCCCCUCUCCAAGCAAGACCGCAAAGCCCGAAUGGCCCAGCACUCACGGCACUCCCGCAGCUGCACUCACGACAUCGAACAUGCAAACACUUGAGACCAUGCAACGUCUUGGUACUCCACAAGCUCUGGCCUUGGAUGUCCACAUCUCCGAAAAGUCAUUCCUCUCUUACAUUUCUUCGACGAACAACGGGCACAAGAAUUUGGCAAAGGGUCUCAAAGUUGAAGUCUUUGUCAACGGCCAACUUACAGACGUGACCUUUGUCAAUGAGAUUGAAGGCCGACGUCUCUGCGUACAGAUGGUCGACAAGCAUACAGUGCGCUUUGCUGGUACUCGCAUCCAUAGGCAGGUCGAGAAACCCUGGAUCUAUUGCGAGUCAGGCUCACAACCAAGAGCAUCAUCUACAUCUGAUGGUGAUGCGGAAGGCAGAUGGAACGGUGUUCGUACCUGUCUUAUCGAGGAGAGCCAGGCUCGCGGCGUGAAUGAGUUCGGCGACAGGCCACCCUCAGCCGACUUCCUGACAGCGCUGGCUGGUGUUGAACUUCCACAGCACAUGCGGCAGUGUCAGGGCAUCGGCAUCAUCGAUCUGAUCAUCACCGUAGGCAAAGGCAGGAAGUACGGGCCGGACACAACCUAUCUUAUGCAGCCCACGCGCUUGAAUGACCCGGAAUACAAGGUGCAGGAUCCCUCGACUCCGCGCUUCUCUGUCGAUAACAACGUUCUCGAGACAUCGAUCAGCACCAAGUCCAUCAAUGCCGCGACCGUUGAACGCCAAACUCCCAAUCUCAUCGCCCCUACCACACCAUCACCCAACAAGAUCGCGGAUAUGGUCAAAGAAUUUGGUCUCCAUAUCGAUACGAAGAAGAAGACGGUGGUGGGCAAUUACGAGAAUGCCAAACGUACACCCGGUAAGAGUGGCAGGACUCUGCGACAACGUCUGGGGGAUUUGAAGAAGAUGACACCGGGGAAUAUGGAGAGUGAGCUGGCGAGAUUGAGAGACGAGUUCGGCGAAGGCGGUGGGGCGAGAAAGAAGCAGAAGAUUGGCAACGAGUUGGAAGACUUCAUCCUCGCGGAUAGCUCGCAGGUGGUAGGCACUACGAUCGACCCUGCGAAGCUGAUGAAGGACGCUGCCGGUCUUAACCGCCCACGCGAGGACAGCGUGUUUGCCGACGAAGCCAACAGCGCUUCACUCCUUGACGGCGCCCCGUCAUCGCCACAAGAGACGCCAAGGAAAAGGACCAGAGCCGCAGCCCUCGCCAACUCGCCCGCUCAUGUGCCGGUGAAGCAGCCCAGACUCCGUGGUCGGCAUGGUCACACACCACAACAAUCAAUGGCCGGUGCGGACGACACUUCGACUGUGCAGCAAGCACCCGCCACGCAAUCUCUUUCGGGCAGAGGUGCGAAUAGAACGGCAAAGAAAUGGGGUUCCAAGGAGCAAAGUGUUGCGGAGGCGCUGGAGAGUUUUGAGGUUCCGGAGACUUGUGAGGGCAGCUGUGUAAGUUACGAUGCAAACCCAGAUGUUUCGCGACAAAUUGGCAAGGCUCGGGGUGGGGAGUUCUACGAGGAGGUCUUGUUGGUCGGCAUGAGGUUUGUCGUGGUAUGAUUGCGUUGCUGCCGCAGUGGUGUGUAGCGGAGCAAUCGCGCGGUAUUCGGCAGAGCAAGCUUUUAACGAGCGUGCAUUGGCGCGCACUCUUCGAUGUUCGUCAGAGCUGCUUUCUUUAGUAAGAAGGGCAGAUUUGUAACAGCCCUUAUGAUCCGCAUUAAUGUUGGGUGGGGCGAGAUCGGCAUGUGCCUGAUUACUUCCUGUUUAGGCAAUCGU